UUGACAUCUUCUCUCUUACCACUUUCACCUGUGAGAUUUUUAACUUUUCCUCUUGUAAGGUUAUACUUUCAGAUUACCAGCAAUCCCUUGAGCGAGAAUCAAGUGCCGAUUAACGAUGAUGAUGACAAUCUUCUAAACUUUGAUAACAAGACUGGCGAAGUAGUUGUGCGCAAUUUCAGCAGGAACUGGAAGAGUGGACGCAACGAGCUUUUUCGAAGAACGUUGUUUUACUCCGAUUUGAUAGGGUUUUCCACAUCCUUAGAACUCAAGACUUGUGGACACACUGUGCACAUGAGGUGCUUCAAUGCCUACAGAGAGACUCUUCGAAACGACCUACGUGUCAAUGACUCGCGCCGUUCAUCUCGAGAUGUUUCUUGUUUCUUGUGUAGAUUCAGCGUAAAUGCACUUCUACCUUUGCGAAUCGAUUGGGGAUUUGAAACUUUGCAUAAGGACACACUGGCCGACGAUAGGCAGAAGGCUUUUGAUUCAUUGAAAGAAGUGAUUGUGAAUUGGAGAAGGGUUCCACAGGUAUGUUUUUGGUGA